GCUGUAAAAAAGCUACAGUACAGUCAGUGGCUGAUCCGGCGGAUUGUGCACCUAGAAGUACUCUUGGGUAGUAGUAGAAAUUAAAUAACAUUCACAACCUUUUACUGCAGUCCAUGUCUGCUCAAACCCCGAGGCUCCUUUAAUAUAAUAAAACACAACAAACGUCUUUACAAUACAAAUACUGUGUUACUGAUUUAGCUUCCUGCGUUACUGUUGGGCGUUCUAAAGUGUCAUGGCGACUUCAGUUAGUGGACGUGAUGUGGUAUUUGGAAAACAUUGGUUAUAUGCCCUUACUUUCUGGAGGCAGAAUCCUAAAGAAUUCUUGUUUAACUUAGAUAUAAAAGCAGACACCUUUCAUCUCGACGUUCUGAGAGAUUUGUGCAAUGAUGAAGUUGAUGAUAGCUGUAAGAAUUUUUUGCUUACUUUGCUGCAAGAAAAUGUUACACUGUUGCUUUCUGAUGAAGACAGAUUAGAACAAACUGUGGGCUCUCUACAGAGCAUUUUUAACCAGUUGGCAGGAACUGAAAAAGUUCAACUGAAAUGUCAGUUCUUGAUUACAAUAGCAACCAUUUUACUUGGUGGUGAAUUUGAUUUCAGCUCAUCUACAAUCAAUGGUCAAUUGAUUUCUUUCAAGGAUCUGUUAAUUGAAAUUGUUUGUAAUACCAAGAAAGAGGCUUCUUUGUUGCGAGGAACAGCUUGCAAAUGCCUGCAAGAAAUUGAAAUCUCUUAUCCUGGUAUUACUGAGCCACAUACUGAAGUAAUGUGGAAUUCCUUUCAGCAAGAUACAUCUCCAGUUUUUCAGUCCUAUGCCUCUCUGAUCAGUGUUAUUUUGACCCAUUUAGUACAGGAGAAAAAUCAUUCAAGUAGAAAUACUAUUGAAAUCAAGAGAACAGGAAGUUCAAAACAAGUACUAUUUCCAUCGUCUACUUUGAGCAGUGAAAUUGAAGUUUUUCCUAUUGUCAUGAGUCUUUUGGAUCAACUGAAGUGGAUGACAUCAGCCUCUGUAUACCAUGUGCUCAAUAACCUUGUGGAAGUUGUGAAAUGUACUUCAGAUCUUUUGCCAACUAUUUUUAAGACCUGGUUGCCAAAACUUACACGGACCUCUUAUGUUCCACUCUUUCAUUUGGCUUUUAUUCUACAGCAAGAGUUUGGCUCAGACCUCUUUACCAGCCGAGAAGAACAGAUGCUCAUGGAACAACUGAUCUCUUGUGCAAACCAUCCUUUAUUGACUGUUGCUCAUCGGUUAUUGUUCUUAGACUGGGUUCAUGUAUAUGUGGAAAACAGAGGUCAGUUUUCCCCAUGGAAAAUUAUUCCACCUAGGCUAAUAGAUAUGUUCCUCCCCUCACCAUUUGAUGGACCAGAUGUUCAAGGGAAGAAACUUUGGAUUCUUGCCUCUUCAGAAGAGUAUAGAACAGGAAAGCAUCAAUUUCACUCAGAGUACAAAGCCAGAAAAAUUUUGAGAGAUGGACAGUUUCAUUUGUUAGUGGCUCACUUAGAGGGGAUAAAAAAGCUUGUACUUUCUGGUGAUGGCUAUCGUCCAGUAAACAGCUUUUUCAGGACUCUCUUUUUUUUCUACUCAAAGCAUGGAAGCCCAUUUCUAGAAGUUGAGAUUCAAAAGUUGUUGUUGGCAGUAAUGUUCACAGUACCAGAACUCUCUUUUCGUGUUGUAGAUUUCAUUGAAUGCUUGCAAGAACAGAUACCACACAGCUCUCUUCCUGAAAAACUGGUGAGUGCCACUGUGAAUUUUGUUUAUGAGCGACCAGUAAGCAGUAUUCUUCUCCAUCUUCACUGUUAUUUAGAGCUUCUCAGAAAAGCAUCUACAUUGCCAGCAGCAUUUUGUUUCCCUAAGAAGAUACUUAGCUUUCUGAUGGAAGUUAUCAAGACUUUAAGUUCAGAAGAUAAAAUGGACUGGUUACUAGGUAACAUAUUGCUGGAUGUGUGCCAGAGCAUUAUACAACACCACAAUCUCAGUCUUUUAUACAAAGAAAUUGGAGAAUUACUUUACCUCAUCAUGACAACUUUCAAUGAAGCUGACAUUAAAAAUCGAGCCAAGAUGUAUUAUGCUGCUGUUACUUCUUUAGCUUCCACAAAGGUUAAACAGAUAUUUCAAAACUCAACUCACUCUCAAGAAGUCACUCAAGCACUUAGUAACAUUGUAGAUGCCGUGCCUGGCUAACAAUACAGAAGUUACAGUGAUGUGGCUCACGUGCACUCAUG